GCCGCAGGAGUUGGUGGCGGCCGGCUGCGGCGCUGAGGAGGUGGGGGGCGGCGGGGGCGCAGACACCUCGUCGCUACCUUGCAGAGGCAAUGGAGGCAAUGAUGCAAACUCUGUUGUAAUUAAAACGUCGACAACAAAAAAAUAUUCUUAACUGUAGAAUACUCUUUUCAGUAUCAUUCAAUGCCUAACAUUUCAGAAGAUGAAAAGGAGAAUGGUUCUGGAAAUAAUGGAAACACUGAAAACAAACCUGGGAAAGGAUCCCCAGAAGCUCCUUUUCAUGAUGCCGUGAAGCCAUACUGCAUGUCAGACAGCUCUACUGUGUCCUUGGUGUCUAGGGGAGAUGGGCAUUACCCCUGGGGAUGUCCCGUGACUCACACACGAGAGAAAUUUUAUACCAUCUGCUCAGACUAUGCUUUUUUAAACAGAGUAACAACUAUUUGUAAAAGCCCAAGUGCUUCAGUUAGUGCCUGCCUGUCAAGCAGUGCUGCCUUAAAUGUUGGAAAUAACACACCUAGCUUACUCAGCAUUCAAACUGGUGCUUCAGAGAUAAUCUACAGUGAAGAUGCUCACUUGGAAAGCUUGCCUGGUGAUCUUGGAAAGCUUCCACUGGCAUGGGAAAUAGACAAAUCAGAGUUCAAUGGUGUGAACGCACACCUAAAGAACAAAGCAGGCAACAUGAAGAAACAAGUGACAAAGAAAAAGUCUGUGGACAAAAAAAGCAAGCAACACAGGGAGUUUCCUCAGCGUUCUGCUCUUGAAGAUGUGAGGGAGAGGAAAGUGUUAGACCUCCGGAGAUGGUAUUGUGUUAGUCGACCUCAAUACAAGACUUCCUGUGGAAUUUCAUCCUUAGUGUCUUGCUGGAAUUUCUUAUAUAGUACGCUGGGAGCUGGAAGUUUGCCACCUAUUACUCAAGAAGAAGCUUUGCAUAUACUGGGCUUUCAGCCCCCAUUUGAGGAGAUUAGAUUUGGUCCCUUCACUGGGAAUACGACUUUAAUGAGAUGGUUUAGGCAAAUAAAUGAUCACUUCCAUAUCAAAGGAUGCUCGUAUGUUCUGUAUAAACCUCACGGGAAGAACAAGACAGCUGGAGAAACUGCUGCAGGGGCCCUCGCAAAGCUAACACGUGGAUUGAAAGAUGAAUCAAUGGCCUACAUCUACCAUUGCCAAAACCAUUAUUUUUGCCCAAUUGGCUUUGAAGCAACCCCAGUAAAAGCCAGUAAAGCCUAUAGGUUGCUGGAUUUGGACUCGGGAGACCUGGGUUCAGUUCCCAGUUCAACCACAGACUUCCAGUGUGACUUUAGAGGUCGUGUCUUGCAGCAAGAAGUAGAAUAUUGGAUCUUAAUUGGAGAGCCGAGCAGAAAACAUCCAACAAUACAUUGUAAAAGGUGGACAGAUAUUGUCACUGACCUAAACACUCAAAAUCCAGAAUAUCUAGAUAUUCGACACCUAGAGAGAGGAUUACAGCAUCGAAAAACAAAGAAGGUUGGAGGAAAUCUUCAUUGCAUCAUUGCCUUUCAGAGACUUAAUUGGCAAAGAUUUGGUCCUUGGAGUUUUCCAUUUGGAAAUGUUAGGCAGGAUAAACAAUCUCAAACACAAGGACAAGGGAUUUCCAAAUCUGAGAGUGAAGACAAUAUCUCUAAGAAGCACCAUGGACGGCUGGGACGAUCUUUCAGUGCAGGCUUUCAUCAAGAAUCUACGUGGAAGAAAUCUAAUCUUCGUGAGAGGAGGAACAGUGGGUAUCAGAGUUAUAAUGAUUAUGAUGGAAAUGAUUAAAAUUAACUUUAGAUAAUAGAGUUGACAUAUUAAAGUUAGUUUUAAUCAAGACAUGUUAGGGAUCUCUUAGUCCUAGAAUACAUACGGAUAGAAGUUUAAGAUACAGCUUCAUAAUUAUUAAAUAAAUCUGAUUAUAUGGUUGCAAUGGGUGAGAUCGAUGUAUAAACUGACACAUAAGCACAGAUUAUUGUACUUUUGCAGUGAAAAGUAAAUAUGACAGCAAAAUCAAUUCAUUCUUCUGAAAAAAAAAGUAUUAUGACCUGAUCUGUGAAAACAAAAGAGCAGAUUGAAAUUAGUCAGUGUAAUAAAGAGACUUCAUUGAAAAUACUUAGUAUUCAAAAGCAUGAAAAUUUAUGAUAUGACUUCAUAAAAAAGGGUUAUUCUGCAAAUAAGGCGUGAGGAUAAAACUAAACAUUACCUUCCGUCUUACACUUCAUUUUGUUAAGGCUGCCCAUAUCCAGUGAAAAUAUAAAACGUGACAUACGUGAGGAAACUUUGUCAUAUUUACAAAGUGAAUGUACAUUUUGCUUUUAGUUCCCAGUAGACUUCUGUCAGUCAGAUAAUCAUAUUUUGUCAAGCAGGCCUCAGUUUCUUUUCCCUUAGCUAGAUGCGUGUUUUGGACUGAGAGAAAUUGCCUGUGGCAGGAAAAGUUUGAGGAUGGACCCUUAUUCAUCGCUUUUGCUGAACACCGCGUUCUGGUGGCAGUUCUUUUCCUUGUUCAGUCAUAAAACCUCUGACGUUUUUCUGCUGCUUUUAAAAUUUUAUGUGAAGGGGAUGCAAGUGCUGAAAAACUGCUUAGCAGCCCUGAUGAUAUACCUCUCAGCCAGCAAACAAUUAAAGCUUUUUUGGGUGUCCAAAUGCAGUCUCUUUGGUUUUUUUCUUUUCUUUUUUUCCUCCUAAUUUUAAAUGUAUGCAGUUGUUUGCACGGACACAUCUCAACAGUUGUAACUUUCUCUGUGUACAAAUGUUCAUAUCUGCUCAAGGAUUAAUUUUUUGACAUAAAAGAUUUGUCACAGAAUGCAGGGGUUUUGUAGGUUGCUGCUUUUGUUAACCAAAAAUGGGAGACUUUUAGACUUUUGUUCAUUCAAUAAAAUUCGUUUUCUA